CGCUCUUCAUUCCUAAACAGCCUGCAUACCGUUGCAGGUGGCAUCUUCAACAUGCCUAAUGAAUAUUUCGUUUCCAAAUACGACCGUACUUCCCUCCGGCAGGUCACAGACUUGAUUGGAUGGGAAGCAGGCAAGGGAAAGAUGUAUGAUAUCUUCAAGGCGCCGAUACUUUACCCUGACCACAUCGUGAAUGAGAAGAAAAUUUUCAAAAAUUGGAUCGUCAUCGCAAAGGUUAUCAAGGUUGCGAUAUGUGGAAAGAUGUCAUUGUAUUCCAAAGCGCGUGGCGGACCACCUUCCUAUGCCAAGAUAUGGAAGCUUACAAGCUGCACUCCUGGCCUGAUUGCAUUUGGCGUCACAUCAAUCAUAUUCAUCCUAUCUCCGGACCAGGAAUUUUCGGGCGAUGGAGUUGGUGCUAUUUCCUCGAUCGCAUAUCACUCCGUCUUUCAGACAGUCAAGAAAUUCUUCGUUGUUAAGUGGGCCCACCAGUGCAUCAAAUCUAUUGUCGACGAAAUCAAUGGAUAUGUCUUCGGUAGUACUGUAAAGAUGCAGCCAUCCGAUGACACUCAGUGUACUGUGGAGCGCGUCACUGAAUCACUCGAUCGCAUUAUGGCUGCGCUAGAUGCCAGCGAUUCAGACUCGAACAAUGAGUCAUUG